AAACAGUGGACUUCACUGGACGUGGUGUCUUCCAUGGAAUGUAAAAGGAAAAACAGUAAAAUUUACAUUUGGUGUGGAUUCUGGAUGGGAUUGCGUUAUGGCAUCAGAUAGAUGUGCAGUUGAAAUACAAAUAGUCUCCCUAAACAAAAUAUCACAGUUAUGUCGAUCCACAACUUUAAGGCCAUAUAGAUAUUCUACUACUACACAGUCAUACCAGUGGUCAUCAUGGAGUUCAAAUACUGAUGUUGUUGACAAUGAUGUUUCCUCAUCAUCUGACAGUGAUGACCACAGUAGAUUUCCGAUAAUUAUACUCUGUACAGUUGGGGGUAUAGUUGGACUGACUAUUUGUUGCACGUGUUGUAAGAAUCUUUGCACUUCCAAAUCUACAAGACGGGAGGAACCUUACUUAAGACAAGAAAUUAACAUGCACAGCCAUAUGCCUCAAAAUGAUUUAUAUAGAAGGAGAUCUUAUGAACCUAACGAAACACAGAAUAUGUUAGACAGUCAGAUAAUAGAACCAGAAAGAACAGCAUUAGACCCGUUAGCACCGCCAUUGUAUGAUUCAGUAACCAUACCAACGGAAGAAAUUUUUACUUCCACUUCCGGUGAUAACACGCAUGUAGAACAUCGAGACUCUCCUGAAUACAACAUCAGUAAUAGAACUCCUAUCGUUACUGCCCCUCCAUCAUAUGAAGAUGCAUGCAAAUAUUAUCAGCUGAAUAAGUAGUAUUUAGGAACCGUAUAAGACAACUUUUUUCUAUAUCAAUGUUUCAUUUCAACUAGUACCUUUAACAUCAAGGUCAGAAUAUGCAGAAUAUUUGUACCAAUCGAUUAAUACGAGGAGGCAAAUAUAUUAUACAAGAACGAUACCAGCCUUACUUUCACAGGGUAAUAACUGAUAUUUAUGUUAAAGCUUAGCAACUAUGAUAUAUCAUAUUGCCUGGCCACGUUAAGGCAGAAGCCGUGCUUUAACUUAAAUAAGAAAGAUGACUAAAGACUGAGAGGGAAAGAGAACAGGAAAGAUAAUAGCAUACAAAAUCAUGGAAAAAACCAGUACAGUUUUAUAAUAACAAAUACGUAAAUAUCGUUGAUAGAAAAACAUUAUCUUCAUAUUACCUAGUCAGUGGGCAUCAUUGAUAUUGACAUAUUCGUGUGGAUUCAAUGGCGAUAAGAGAAAAAAAAUCAUUUACAUAUAAACCUGUGCUCUUAAAAUAAUCCUAAUACAUAUCGGCCUCUCCUCUCUGAAGGAAAACGUAAGACAUACAAAUUUCAAAUCAGCAGCUGUACUUUCGAUUAGAUUUCAUACAGAUCGCCAUGUGUGCGAAGAAAUGUUGUAUAGUAAUGAUGAAGAGAAUAUGGAUGCAAUAAACAAAGUAAAGUUUUGAAGAAUGUCGAUGCAAUAAAAAAAGUAAAGUUGCGGAGAAUUUCGACGUAAUAAAGUAAAUUUGUGAAGAAUGUCGAUGCAAUAUAAAACAAAGGAAAGUUGUGAAGUAUGUCGAUGCAUUAAACAAAGUAAAGUUGUGAAGAAUGUCGAUGCAUUAAACAAAGUAAAGUUGUGAAGAAAGUCGAUGCAAUAAACAAAGUAAAGUUGCGGAGAAUAUCGACGUAAUAAAGUAAAUUUGUGAAGAAUGUCGAUGCAAUAUAAAACAAAGUAAAGUUGUGAAGUAUGUCGAUGCAUUAGACAAAGUAAAGUUAUGAAGAAUGUCGAUGCAUUAAACAAAGUAAAGUUGUGAAGAAUGUCGAUGCAAUAUACAAAGUUAAGUUGUGAAGAAUGUCGAUGCAAUAAACAAAGUAAAAUUGUGAAGAAUGUCGAUGCAUUAAACAAAGUAAAGUUGUGAAGAAUGUCGAUGCAAUAAACCAAGUUAAGUUGUGAAAAAUGUCGAUGCAAUAAACAGAGUAAAGUUUUGAAGAAUGUCGAUGCAAUAAACAAAGUAAAAUUGUGAAGAAUGUCAAUGCAUUAAACAAAGUAAAGUUGUGAAGAAUGUCGAUGCAAUAAACAAAGUAAAGUUGUAGAGAAUAUCGAUGCAGAUAAGAAUAACGUUGAUAUCAAAUUAGAACUUAAACACGCCGCAUUACAAUAAAGACAACAUAAAUAUACCACUGUUCAUUAGCAUGAUAAGGAAAGCAUCUUCCAUUUAUAAUUUACUUUGACAAAUUUAAAUACUCAAAUUGUGUUUGUAUUUAAUAUUUACUAAUUGUUUUAUAUAGUUUUGUUUUCCUAUUCAAUUUGAAAAUACCAAAUGUCAA